AUGGUACAGGCUGCAGCAGUCACCCACAAGAAGCGGCAGUGUGCGGGGGCGCCACCGGACGGCGGCUGGGGCUGGAUGAUCGUCGCCUGCUGCUUCAUGGUGACCAUUUGCACCCGCGCUGUUACCAGGUGUAUCUCCAUCUUCUUUGUGGAGUUCCAGGGUCAUUUUGGAGGAGAUUACUCCAGCACAGCCUGGAUCCACAGCCUGGUGGACUGCACCACCAUGCUUUGUGCUCCGGUUGGUAGUCUGAUAGGGAAUCAGUGGUCAUGCCGUGUGGCGGUGAUCAUCGGCGGCCUCCUCUCCUCCUGUGGCCUCCUGCUCAGCUCCUUUGCUCCCAGCCUGGAAUUCCUCUACCUCAGCCUAGGGGUCCUCACGGGUCUGGGUUUUGCUCUGUGCUACACGCCGGCCAUAGCCAUGGUGGGUUGCUAUUUCAGCGAGCGGAAGGCGUUAGCGUACGGCAUCGCCAUGUCAGGCAGCGGGAUUGGCACCUUCAUACUGGCUCCGGCCGUGCAGCUCCUCAUCGAACACUACUCCUGGAGGGGAGCGCUUCUCAUCCUCAGCGGCUUUGUGGGCAACCUCUGUGUCUGCGGGGCCCUGCUUCGACCAAUCACACUUAGGGACGAGAUGGAAGGGGCGGAGCAUCUUGGUGAGUAGAGGGUCGUGGACAGGGGAGGCGGAGCUUCGGUGUCUGGGGAGAUGCUCGAUGCCUGCAAUCCUGCCCUCUCCACCUCCUGCUGGUCAAUGAGAGGUCCGUGUUUCAGUUCCCGCUUCCUGUCCAGCCGGGAGUAUCGUUUCCUGCUGCUGCCGGACUUCGUGGGCCUGGCCAUGUCCUUUCUGUUUCUUGCCAGCGGCUGCAGUCUUCCCUUUGUCUACCUGGUUCCCUAUGCCCUGAGUGUGGGGGUGAGCCACCAGCAGGCAGCUCUUCUCAUGUCCAUCCUUGGAGUGAUAGACAUUGUUGGCAACAUCACCUUCGGAUGGUUGACCGAUAGGAGGUGUCUGAAGCCCUACCGCACCGCCUGCUAUGUGUCCUCCGUGGCGAUGGAGGGGAUGUGCUGCCUUUUCACCCCCCUGCUUCAUUCCUUCUCCCUACUGGUGCCCUUCGCCGUCCUCUACGGCUACUUCGACGGAGCCUACGUUGCACUCAUCCCGGUGGUGACCUCCGACGUGGUGGGAGCGCCGUACCUCUCCUCUGCACUGGGCGUGGUCUAUUUCCUCCACGCCAUUCCCUACCUCAUCAGUCCACCAAUAGGAGGUUGGUUGGUGGACACAACAGGAAGUUACACGGCCACCUUCUUCCUCAGUGGGGCCGCCCUGAUGACCAGCUCAUUGGUCCUGUCCGCGGUCGCUGGGAUACGUCACUGUCGCCACCAGGGAACGACUCGCGUCACCAAGGACGCCAAACAUGAGCCCCUCCCCUUCAACCUGGCCAACCAAUCAGACUGCUACAUCGCCUCGAACAAAGAGGCCAUGCCAGCAACUGACAACAUAAUGAAAUCAUAG